AUGUCGUCCUUCUUGCUUCGCCGCGCCACCGCCGCCUCUGCCGGCGCUGCCCGUUCCUUCAGCACCUCCUCUCCGCGAUCCGUUGCACGCAUAUCCAUCAUUGGCAACCUUGCUGAUACCCCCGAGAUCCAGCCCACCAGCACCGGUCGCGAGAUCCUCAAGUACUCUGUGGCCAGCAACACCGGCCCCAGGGAUAACCGCCAGACCAGCUGGUUUCGUGUUACUAGCUUUGUUGAGGGUCCCCGAAAGGACUUUCUGCUGAGUCUGCCCAAGGGCGCCAUGGUUUACGUUGAGGGCGAUGCCACCAUAAACACUUACCAAGAUUCCAAUGGCCAGACUCGUAGCGCUUUGAAUGUUGUUCAGCGUAACAUCGAGGUUCUGAAGCGCCCCCAGAACGCCGGCCAGAACGAGUAA